AUGGCUGACGCCGAAUCAACCAUCACCGACUCGUCUCUCGCUCCCUCAACAACCCCGACAUCUCUCCUCGACCCCGGUACACGCUCUGUGCACAUGGCCGAACGCCCCGAUAAGUGCGAACGGAGGGCGAGCCUAGGUUUGAUGGACGCGGCACGCGUGCGAUUUUCCAAGGAUUUCUACUCCCUCCUCCGCUCGAACAGCAAGUCGCGCCAGAUCCACACAGUCCUCUCAACUCAGACGGAAGAUCCCGAGAACCAACGUAGCGUGUAUACGGACUAUGUCAAGCUCUCCGCACACGCUGUAGACGAAGGGCAAAGCAUGGAGGACCCAGCCGAAGAGCGACCUGGGAGAGGGUUCGGUGCAAGGAUCGUCAACUUUUUGAGUCGCUCGCGAUCCCGCUCACGCUCGAAGAAACGCCGCUCGCGCUCGCUGGACGCUAUCGUCGAUCCUAUGCCGACAACUCUGCACACCGCCUCACUGCGCUUACACGCGCGCCAUUCUAGUCUUGAGCCCGACAUCGAUGCCCCGGUUGCAGGCCCUUCGCGACCUAUGACAAGGUCACCUUCACGACCUUUGUCUGGCACUACAUCGCCCAUCCCGACCUCCAACAAGACGCGUUCAAAGAGACCCGAACAUAUCACGGUCCCCAGGACGGGACCCACUGCUACCGCUGAGCUCGUAGCGCAACUCCUCCCCAUGGAACCUAGCAAGUCCACGUCUUCAAGAAAGGGAAAGUCGUUCAAUAUCUUCGGGAUGCUGCUCUCUAGCCCUCGCAAGAGCUCGUUCGGCGAAUCCGCGAGGGGGAGGUCGCGACCGACGACGCCGUCCGCCGCCGCACCCGCAGCAUCAGACCCUGUAUGGCACGGAAGUGACGACCCUGCUUGGGCGGGGAAGUCUGGGUCGCAACGCUCACACCGAAGCACUCGGAAGGGCGUCGCCGUGCAUGUGGACGAAGUCACUAAUGGUCAGGGCCUGACGUCUUGCAUGCCUUCGGACUACGGCAAGAGCUCUGCCCUCCCGGGGCUUGUCGCUCCACAACCACGCCGUGCCCCGGUCCAUGUGCUCAGUUCCUCUCCACCUAUGUCCCGGGGUGGGUACUUGCGGUCGGACCCCGACGAAGACGAUCAGGCUGCACGGAUGAGCGUCAUGGAGGGCCGGUGUUCCCCGCUGUGCGGAUUGGUUGGCGGCUCUUCCAAGGGGUCGCACACAUCUCAGGAGAAGGGCAAGGAGAGGGAGAAGGCACGCAGCAGGUCCCGGGAGGCCGAAAGAGGGCCCGACCGGCGGGAGAAAGAGAAGGAGAAGGCGCGGGAACAGCGGCGGGACCUGGCUAUUCGGGAGAAAGACCGCGAGCACAUCACCCACCCGCGGAGGGUGGGCUCGCCCCUCUCCAGGGAACGACCGCGUGAGUCUCACCAGCCCACGCACCUAUCGGCCGUACCUUUGGAGAAGACGACGAGCAACCGCAGUACGGGCAGCAAGAGAGAGAGAGCUAAGGGGUUUGAUCUGAUCUAUUGA